AUGUGGGCACUGACAGCCCUCCUGCUCCUGAUUCCAAGCAAUGGGCAAGCCGCUACUCUAGAGAAGCCCAUAUUGUCUCUACACCCGCCUUGGACCACAAUCUUCAAGGGGGAGCGGGUAACCUUGCGGUGUGAUGGGUACCACCCUCUGCUCCUGGAGCUCCGGCCCAUCAGCACUCUCUGGUAUUUGGGACACCUACUCCUGCCCUCUCACAAGAAGAGCAUCGAGGUGCAGACACCAGGGGUGUAUCGAUGCCAGACAAGGGGAGCACCUGUCAGUGACCCCAUCCACCUCUCUGUGUCCAAUGACUGGCUGAUCCUGCAAGUGCCCUAUGCUGCGGUGUUCGAGGGCGAGCCGCUGGUCAUGCGCUGCCGUGGCUGGUAUGAUAAAAUGGUCUACAAGCUUCACUACUACCACGACGGCCAGGCCGUGCGCUACUUCCACUCCAGCGCCAACUACACAGUGCCGCAGGCGCGCGCCAGCGACAGCGGGCGCUACCAGUGCUCCGGCACCAUGCGCAUCCCAGUGGAGAGCGCGCCCAUGUUCUCCUCCAAGGUGGCCGUGACCGUGCAAGAGCUGUUCCAGGCCCCAGUGCUGAGGGUGAUGGGCCCAGUGGAGGCCCGCGGUGGGGUGGUCGUGCGCUGCGACACGCGCCUGCACCCGCAGAAGCGCGACACGCCGCUGCAGUUCGCCUUCUACAAGUACAGCCGCGCCGUGCGCCGCUUCGACUGGGGCGCCGAGUACACGGUCCCGGAGCCCGAGGUCGAGGAGCUGGAAUCGCACUGGUGCGAGGCGGCUACCGCCACCCGCAGCGUUCGGAAACGCAGCCCAUGGCUGCAGCUCCCAGGGCGAGGUUCUCCCCUGGACUUGGCGUCCACCACCGCCCCCGUCCCACAGGCCCCUGCCUUGGCGCCCAGUAACAAGCCGCUUUCCUUCAGAAAGUCCCCGGUGUCCAGAUCUGUCCCAUCGGUCACCUCUGUCUCGAACACCACCUCAGCGGGGCUGCAGUUCCCAGCCGGCAGAGCCCCCACUGCUGGACCACCGGCCUGCGCUCCGCCCACCUCCUUGGAACAAUCAGCUGGAGCCCUGAAACCCGACGUGAACCUUCUGCUCCGAGAAAUGCAGCUGCUCAAAGGCCUUCUCAGCCGGGUGGUCCUGGAAUUAAAGGAGCCACAGGCCUUCCCAGAGCACAGGGAAACACUCGAGACCCUCACUUCCCACUUGGCUGCGAGCCCGGGAACACCGGAAACCGCUACUGUGGAGAGCUGA